UUCCUAUACAUCAUGGAUGGGUCACAGUCACUGCGCGCUCGCUGCUGUCGAGCCGUUUACAGAUCUGCGACGUUUUCCGGGACAAGCUAAACCGAACCACAAGUGCAGGCUGUGUCCCGUCCUCUGCAUCUCAUAAAAGGAAAUAAUUUAUGAAGAGUCGUCCGAGCUGUUAAGACUGAUUGUGUUUAACACUAGAGAUUGUAUUUCAAUGCAAUAGGAAAACAAGCGAAGUGUUGUGACUGUCGGAGGGUACAACUAAUAUUGUGUCACCCCUGAUAUUCUUGGCUGCUGUCGACAAGUCUAAAGUUCAUCAAUACAGGCUGAACAAAAAACUCACUGACCGAGCUUCAAUGGCAUCCUGUCCAACAACAGUCCCCCACUGCUGUCUCAACAAUGAACUGUGGAAAGCCUCAAGCACUGACUGAAGAAUGGCAAGGUUUAGACGCAAAUCUUGCAUCACAUUAAUUGCUUUGGUAUUGCUUGUGCUCAUAGUAUCGGUUGUGUUGAAGUCGCUGACACCAGAAGACUCUCCGUUCAGCAGCCCUGUUGGUGCGGAGCUGUUCCCGGACAGAAAGGAUGACAAUCAAAUCCAGAAAGAAAACAACAAUAAAGCAGACCAGACCAAAAUAAAUGACUCCGCUCAGUCAGAGAAACUGGAAGCUUCCCUGAGGAAGUUCCCUCCUCCAAACUACUAUCUCCAUGCCUUCUACUACGCAUGGUUUGGGAACCCCCAGUUUGAUGGCAAAUACAUCCACUGGGACCACCCGCAGCUGCCCCACUGGGACGGUAAGGUGGCUCAGGGGUAUCCACAAGGGAGACACGUCCCACCUGAUGACAUCGGGUCCAACUUCUACCCCUCUUUAGGGCCUUACAGCUCUAGGGAUCCCUCCAUUAUAGAGUCUCAUAUGCAGCAGCUGCGCACAGCAGCCAUUGGUGUCAUUGCUGUUUCCUGGUAUCCUCCUAAUAUGAAGGAUGAUAAUGGUGGUCCAACGGAUGACUUUGUGCCUUUGCUGCUGGAAGUGGCACAUAAAUACCAUAUUAAGGUAGCGUUUCACAUUGAACCAUACAAAGAAAGAGAUGAAGCCAACAUGUUCACUAAUGUCAAAUACAUCAUUGAGAAAUACGGAGAGCACCCUGCUUUCUUUAAGUACCGGACAAACAAUGGCAAGCUUCUUCCACUCUUCUAUGUGUAUGACUCAUAUCUGAUGAACUCGGAGCAGUGGGCCAAACUGCUAAAACACACAGAGAGUAACAGCAUUAGGGAUACCCCGUAUGACGCCAUCUUCAUUGCCCUGCUGGUCGAGGAGAAACAUAAGAGGGAUAUCCUGACUUCCGGUUUCGAUGGUAUCUACACCUACUUUGCUACUAAUGGGUUUUCCUAUGGGUCCACUCAGCGGAACUGGGACUCUAUUAAAGCUUUCUGCGAAGAUAACAACCUGAUAUUCAUCCCAAGUGUGGGCCCCGGGUAUAUUGACACGAGUAUUCGACCCUGGAACUUCCAAAACACUCGUAACCGCAUCAACGGCAAAUACUAUGAAACCUCGCUGAGUGCUGCAUUGAAAGCCAGGCCUGAUUUUAUCUCUAUAACAUCUUUUAAUGAAUGGCACGAGGGGACUCAGAUUGAAAUGGCAAUUCCCAAAACAAGUCAGACUGUGUAUCUGGACUACCUGCCCAAUAAACCUGCAAUCUACCUGGAGAUAACCCGCAAAUGGGCUGCGAUAUUUGGUGGCGAGCGACAGAAAUGGCAGGAUUGAUCCGACUAAGAGCCAUAGCAAUGUUUAUUCACGGUUGUAUAAAAUAAUUUAAAUAGAAACUAAAUUAAUUUCUAGUUGCAGAAUGCACAACAAAAUGCAAAUGAUGAAAUAUUGUAUGGGAACAGCCAACUUAAUUUUUAAGCCACAGGCAAGUGAACUAAAUUAUCUGAAUUUUGGCUGCAGUGAUGUAUGUGAUUUUUUUUUUUUUUUUUUUUUUUUUUUACACGAGUGAAUUAUUGUUAAUUUAACUGAUGUCUUAUUUCUUAUGUUUACACAGCCCUGUACAUUUUGGUAUUCCUAACGUAAUCAGCAUGUUUAAUCACAGACUCCAUGGUCUCCACCGUAUCCAGCUAAAUCUUUUAGGCAUGUUUUUCCGUCCUGUAAUCUGUGCCUAUAUUAAACCCCGAUAGAAAUAAAUAAAGUGCGUCCUGGAAAACAAGGAAA